AUGAGCAACUUCAAAAACACUUCUGGGAACAAGCAACCACGCGAAGAUCUAGACGGAGGUUCGCCCAGCUCCUUAUACCCCAAGCGCCACAACGGCCGUAUUGGUUUGACCAUCGCUGCAUUUUCUUCUAUCUUUGCAAUCCUCUUCCUGGUGUCCCAUUGCGUCGCUCUGAGUCGGCAGGCCCUACCAAAGCACACGGGUCGAAGAUUGGCUGGAGAACAAGCAACGAAAAAGCAUGGGAGUGGAAGCCUCGUCCAAGAAGCAUGCGGAGCUGAAGGAUCCGAAUCAGGCAUAGCCACCGGCCGUCGUGGAAUAUCUGCCGAACCGUCAGGGGCAGAUGCGCCAGCAGGGUGGAGUGUGUAUGGGGAACCGCCUAAGAAAAAGAAGAAGGAAGUGCUAGGGGAACAACUUGAGACCUCACGCAUUCCAUCAGAUGUUGUAGACCGCUCAGUAGCGCCUACACAAACGGGAGGGCCUACUGAUGUGCCCGGGAGCUCCGGGCAUACUGCAGUGGCACAACAUUUGCCAGAAGAGGGUACCGCCGGUAGCGCUUCACCAGUUGAAGGGUCGCUGCAGUGCAGCAAGUCCUCCGUAGGCAUAACAUCUCCGGCUUCAGACGUACAGAGUUUCCCUCGAGACGCAGUUACGCAGCUAAGGGAGCAUUUGUUGGCUGCGCAAACGGCGAGUAAAAAGACGUUGUUGUUCAAGUACAUAGUCGGCCAACCGGGCACCAAGGGUGCCUAUAUGCUCUUGGGUAGCGAGAUUUCCAAUUUGCAGGGAAGGCCAGCCUUGGUUCUCGCAUCUACCCCUCUCUCAGGUAACUCAGAGUCGCAGGAGGGUCUGCGCGAAGUAGACUUCACAUCACAUCCCUUCUUCAGGCUCCCAAGUGUCUCACCGAAUGCUUUGGUGAGAGGGAUAAUCCUAAAACGGUGGAAGCUGUUUCGUCGGUGGACGUUAUCUGAAGGCAGAGCACUGCUGGGGAUUAAAGAACUGCUUAAGAAGCCUGUGCUGGGAGCGGACGAUCUACUGAGACUCAUAAAACAUCUCGAGCACCUUGUCGAGUUUGCUGUUCAUCAUCCGGUGGGGACGAUCGACGAUGGGAAACCUAACUCUAUUGUGGAGAGGUUGGGUCUUGCCCUGGUGAUGGUGGAUGCAAUAUUCGCGGCCAGCGAGUUCCAGCCUUCAGAAGAGGACCAUGGGCACAUUUCAUGGCUGAUGAUAAAGAGUGGCAGCAGUCCCAAUGAUGCCUAG